GGUUCUAGGUCCUCAAGGCCUGUGAUGGCCGACCAUGUGCUGGGGCGGUGCAGAAGUUCCUGGCCUCAGUGCUCCCAGCCUGUGGGGACCUCAGUUUCCAGCAGGAUCAGAUGACACAGACUUACGGCUUCAGGGACCCGGAGAUCACGCACCUGGUGAACGCUGGGGUCCUCACUGUCCGAGAUGCUGGAAGCUGGUGGCUGGCUGUGCCUGGAGCUGGAAGAUUCAUCAAGUGCUUUGUUAAAGGGCGCCAGGCUGUACUGAGCAUGGUGCGGAAGGCCAAGUACCGGGAGCUUGCCCUGUCAGAGCUNCUGGGCCGCAGGGCCCCUUUGGCGGUGCGGCUAGGUCUUGCCUACCACGUGCACGACCUCAUUGGAGCCCAGCUGGUGGACUGUGUCUCCACGACUUCUGGAACCCUCCUUCACCUGCCAGAUACGUGAGGAGCCAAUGCUUGGAUUCUGCAACUCACUGAGUGAGGUUCCUGGAAGUGCCACCCCAGGGUGGCUGAGCUAGUCACUGCAGUGGGUGCCAGGCUCUACUGCUGCAAGCUGGGCUUCUACCUGAGCCGGGCUGUGGGCACUGCAGCUCUUGNUUCUGUGGGUGUGGACUCAGGAGCCAUGCCAAGAGGAUGAGAAGGUGGGAUUGCUGGAGACACUGGAGCAGGGAGUAGAGAACUCUGCCCUUCACGUCAGGCUGAAAUUGCCAAAUAAAAUACUUGUGCCUGCA